AUGUAUAGAUUGGGUCUCACUCGUUGCCUUGCUCCAUCAAGGCAAACCUCGGUAUCAUUUCUACGAGAUACGAGGGCUAAAUACUCAAGCAAAAAUAAAGAUAGUUUUGAAGAUGAUAAAGGUGUAUCGAAGAAAGAGAAUGAUAAUAGGCUCUUCAAAGUAAACCAGAAGUCUUCGCCCUCAGCUCCAGCGGAAAUGCCAACUGAUCAGGGUCUUGACAAGUUAAUGAAAAAGGACAAUAAGGUAUAUGUUCCUAAGUUAAGAUAUGAAAGGAAAUCCUACGAGAUGCCAGGUAUGCCCAACGAGGAUGAUUUCACCAAGUUUUCCUACAAGGUCCAAAAACCUAAGACCGUUACCCGAUGGUCACGGUAUUUGCCAAAAGUAAUGGCUCUUGCUUUUAUAUUGUGGGGUGGCUACACCGUGAAAGUCUGGUACUUCCCGGCGGAAAAAGGUGCAGAUAGCAAAGAGCUCUUGGAUCCAGAACACUUCCAUCCGUUCAUUGUCACUUACAACAAGAAGAUCGAUGAUGACCACUAUUUAUUGGAAGUGACCCCCAAGUUCAAGAAUUGGCAAUUCAGUUACUAUGCUAAUUACGAAGGAAAAACCAUAUGGAAUGGUGAUAGGCUAUGGUCUGUGGAGAUCAUGCAGCCUCAAAUCCAGAUAGUUAGGUCAUACACUCCUUUACCGUUAUAUUUUAUGAAAUCCGAGAGAACUCGUUCUGGAGAGGAGGAACCCCUUCUUAGGGUCAUAGACAAUGAUAGAGAGGACUACGAUAAAGGAGGUGUCAUGACAUUUUACAUCAAGCGAUAUGACGAUGGAGAGAUGUCUAGAUAUCUUACGUCUAGAAAGGUUGGUGAUAUUAUUGACAUACGGGGUCCCUACACCGAAUUCAAAUUUCCUUAUCAUCCUUUAAAGAAAUAUCACCAAAGGCCACUUUUCAGAGACCUACCAUCCAAGGUUGAGGCCGAAUCACUCCUACCCUCAAUAAAGAAGGAGCAUGACCUACCAGAAUUUGACAAUCUCACAUAUUAUGGAGCGGGAACCGGUAUUGCCCCAAUUCUUCAGUGUCUCUUCUCGAGAAACCCUUAUAGAGGUUUUGUCAACAUCCAUUAUUCGGCUAGAACGCCAUCUGAGUUUGAGCCUUUCGCGAGAUACCUUUUCUUUCUUGAGAAGCUAGACCGUGUAAAACUACAUACUCACUACGACAGCGCUCCAAAGACAGCACUCAAGCAAAGCGAUAUUCCGAAGCCGUUCGAGCCACACUACACAAGCUCUUCCAAAUUGGAAAAACAGUUUUCUGACAAGAAAGAGUUACUGGAGGAAGACAAGCUCAAGCUCAGGAUGGCAAUCAUGCGAGACAGUGAGAAUGAUGUAUCAAGCGCAGUCAAGGAGACCGAGAGAGCAGUAAGAUACGAAAAUGCCAUUCAGCAAGCUCAGGUCACUCUGACGAAACCAAAAGAUCCAUCCUCUCUUGCCUUGGUGUGUGGCCCUUACGGCUACGUGGAUCACGUCGCUGGGGCAAAGAACUUGGAAACAAACGAACAAGGCGAGAUCCGCGGACUUCUCGGAAAGAAAGGUUGGGACAAUUCCAAUGUUUAUAAACUAUAG